GGGGAUGGAGUUUUUUUUUUCCAGAGGUGAGCAUUUUUUUUCCUCAGAAGGCACCAGAGCACAAAUGACUUUGCUCUACAUGUUGCUGCAGCGAUGGAGCAUUUCUGUGGUCUGGUGUUGUCCUCUGAACAGCAACAAGUGAUGCAUUUGGUGGUCUCCUGAAAUCAAAUUAAAAAAAAGAGGACGCGGAUGCCGCACCAGUGCCACCAGCACUGUGGGGAUGGAUACCGGCUAUUUCCUGGUGAGGACUUAUUUUUUCCUGCUGUUCCUCCAUGGAUUCACCUACUCCUUCUCCUCCGUUCCUGCCGUGGGAGUUUGCCCCAGCCGCUGUGACUGCCAGCAUCCCCAGCAUCUCAUGUGCGCCAACCGAGGUUUGCCCACUGUGCCACCUCACAGCAGCAAGCAGGAUGAAGUGCUGGUCUUCAGCCUCGGAGGGAACUUCAUUGCAAACAUCUCUGCCCUCGACCUUGCAAGGUACACCGCCUUAGUGAGGUUGGAUUUACAGUUCAAUCGAAUCCAAAACAUCCACCGUGAAGCGUUUGAGAGACUGUCCAGUUUGGAAGAGCUCUACUUGGGACAUAACCGCUUAUCUCACGUUGAAGCUGGGACUUUGAAACCGCUGAAGAAGCUUACAGUCCUCUAUGUCAACAACAACGACAUCCUGCACGUACAUCAGCAACUUUUUACCAGCUUGGACCAUCUUGUUAAACUGCGCCUCGAUGGAAAUCGAAUAGAAAGUUUGCAGGAUUCCGUUUUUAAGGACUUGACCAAUCUACGUUAUCUCCACCUGGAGUCAAAUCAUCUGCAGCACAUUCACAAAAAUGCCUUUUCUGAACUCGCCCACCUGCGCUUUCUCAACUUGUCUCACAAUAAGCUGUCCACCCUGCGUGGUGCCCUCACUUUUUCCCAUCUCCAAGCCCUGACAACUUUACUCCUCUCUGGAAAUGCCAUUCGGCAUGUUGGGAAUAAAAUGUUCCAAAAUCUACAAAGACUCUCCAAACUCUCUCUCAGUAACAACAGGAUUCCUCAUCUGGGCAGAAGGACUCUGCUUGGCCUAUCAAGCCUCAAAGAGCUCUUCAUGGAUGGUAAUGAGCUGGAGGAGAUCCCAGCUGAACUUCUAGAUCCCCUGAAACUCAUCGAGCAUUUGGACAUCAGUCGCAACCGCAUUUCUAAUGUUGACUCUUUGGCUUUCAUGCACCUCAAACAUCUACAGGUGCUGAAGCUAAAGGACAACAUCCUAACCAGCCUUUCUGGGGAUGCUUUCAGACUAAACCCCUUCCUUCAUGAUGUAGAUCUCCAUGGCAACAACUGGACCUGUGAUUGUCGCAUGCAGGCACUGAAAAGUUGGAUGUCUGCUGUGCAUUCUCAAGGGAAAUUGUUGGAUGUGCUUGUGCAAUGCCACCACCCAGUAUCUCUAAGGGGGACAUACCUGGACAAUGUGAACAGUUCCCAGCUGGAGGCCAUUGGUAAUUGGACUCAUUUGUGCAGGGGCCUAGGUGAACCUAAGGAGAGCCAGGGAGGGAAGCUGUGGAUCAAGAUAAUGCAGGAUGAGACCGGAAGGAAAAGGGAAGAACAAGUGCAAGGAGAUCAAGAAGGCAAAGAACCAGAGUUGUCUCCUUCUAUCGAACAUAAGGAGUCCCUCAGAACCAAGUCACGGAAACGUGCCAAAAUGGGUCUAAAAUCUAAACCACAAUCACAGCAGGGCUUUCCCACACCAAGUCAUGCUGGCAACCAGAGGAGAACCCCCACUCCUUCAGUCCCAUCAAGAGAACGCUUUGAUCUUCUGAGGAUGUAUCACAAGUGGGGUCCUUCUGUCGUCACAGAUCCAUGUGUCUUCAACCACAUCGUCAUCACGAAUGUAACCGUAGACCAGAUAACGAGCAGCACCGUUGUAGUCUACUGGACAACCCGGGAAAAUCUAGGUCUAGAUGAAGUCCAGUAUCGGAUUUUGUUUGACAGAUUCGGAAGACCAGACCGCUUCCCGCGUUAUGUUUACGCCCCUGCCUCAUCCCGCUCUGUGACCCUGCAGGAGCUCAGCCCGGAUGUCACCUACAUGGUAUGUGUGGAAGGCGUGGUCGCUGGUUCCGUGUGUCAAGUGGCACCCCGGGACCACUGCUCAGGUCUGGUCACGCUUCCCGAGAAGCACGCCUCCGCAACUUCUGCCCUACAACUGUUGACGGUUCUUACUGUGGCCGGGAACGCCGUGCUGCUGCUGGUAAUCGGAGGAGUGUGGCUGGGGCGGAGCCUGAAGAAGAAGUUGCAGAGGAGGAAGUCGGCGGUUCACGUGCGCCACAUGUACUCCACCAGGAGACCGUUUCGACCCAACGCGGCGAGCGCGUCCGUGUCUGCUGACUUUACCAGCUACCAAAGUAGCCGCCUGGCCCGUCUUAUACAACCAGAACUGGGAGAUCUCAUCGAGUUCCCUUGUGACCGCUUUCAGGAUACUGGUUCCUCUCGCAGAGACAAUGACUAACCCAGAUUCCCUGACUAGCUUCCUUCAUGGGACUUCACAUUGAAGCAACCAUUUUUUGUUACAUUAUAUCUUCAGGAAUAAUAUAGACCUGAAACUUGGACAUACCUUAUGGAGUUGUACUACAACUGUAGAAUUAUGCUGUAUUUCACAAGAGUGAGUACACACCUUUCAGUUCAUGAACCAGUCAGUAUAUUAUAUCUUAAGGGAUGGUGCUAUAGAAAUGAAACUUGCAUAUGACUUAGAGUAGUCAGUGCACAGCUUGUAUAGAUUUACUAUCCACUAACAAUGACUCCAGACAGAGUUACUGUCUAAAUAAUGUCAUGGGCUGACACCGGAGAGUUUUGAGGGAAUCUCCUACUGUAAUAUUGUGAAGCACAGCAUGAUCCCCUUCCUUGGCAAAAACCAAAACCAAAACCAAAAACCCCUCUAAGUUGCCUUGCACUC